ACCAGUCAUACCCUUAAUGGUAGUGUUAUAGGUCGUUGCAAGUUCAAAAAUGACAAAAACGCAUUAUUGCCUCUUCUUUUCGAAAUAAAAUUUAAAAAUAAAAUAUAUUUCUUAUGUUUCACAGUGUGUGUUAAUUUGACAUUUUCUUUUAUUAAACUAAGAGUUUUAGUAUUUCAAUGCAUUUUAUAAUUACUUUUAAUUUGAUAUUGAUUACAAAUUAUAUUGAUUUUAUAAAUUAUUUUAUUUAUUUCAAAUACUACUGAUUAAAUAGAUAUAACUAAAAAUAAAUAAAUACAUUCUUAAUACGUGUGAAAAUAUGAAAAUAUCACUUUUUGUGAAACUGAGAAAUUUUUUGUCUGAACUUUGAUCUCAGCACAUGGCAUUUCAUCAAAGUUGAAUAAGAGACACUUCGUACCAAGCUGCUUCAAGGAUCCAACGAAUAGCUAAAGGUUUGUUAACGAUCCCUGGCUACAAUCCCAGAGACGUCAUAAAUAGCACCAGCUACUCCUAUUUUUGCUACUUGGCAUAUUGGCUUUUCAUUUUACUCAAAAAUGUAUUACAAAUAAAUUACUAAACACAGAUAGAGACGAUUCAUUUUAGUAUUAUAUAUGUAAAUUAGUAUUGAGUAUUGACUAGACCCGUCAAUAAAGUUUGAAUAUAAAUUCAACACACCUUUAUCUUUAAAUAACAAGAAUCUCUCAUUUUAUUCCUCUUUAUCCCUUCACCUGCUCCGCUGCUCGUAUCUGUUUUCUUGUCCCAUACUCAUAUGGCAGAAAAAGAUGUCUCUGAGUGGAAGACAAGGUAUGGAAGCCGCGUCCUUGACGAGCCUUUUGUUAAUGAGCCACAUCUCUUCUUUCAGCCUCAAGAACAGCAUCUUAGGCUCAUGCCAACGGAAAAUUCCAUCAUCAACAAGUUAGUCUCAUCAAAGUUCGACUCCGGUCCAAGACUCCAAGAUAUUGCAAACGCUCUAGCCAUUGUUGAACCCCUAGCCCACCCAGUCCGACAAAUCUCCGAAUCAACGUUCCCAAAAUUGGGAAGGAAUACUUUGAGCAAGGUGGAUAGGUAUACAUUAAAGGUGAAGAACAACUCUAAUGGAAUGAGUGAUGAUGGAUACAAAUGGAGAAAGUAUGGUCAGAAAUCCAUAAAAAAUAGCCCCAAUCCAAGGAGUUAUUUCAAGUGCACAAACUCAAUAUGCAAUGCAAAGAAACAAGUGGAGAGAUCAAUUGAUGACCCUAACACAUAUAUCAUCACCUACGAGGGUUUCCAUUUGCACUUCACCUAUCCUUUCUUCUUAUCCAAUUGCACACAUAGAUCCAAUAAAAAACCCAAAAUACAUAAUGAUGCUCAAUAUAAAGCCCAUUUUGAAAUCAAUCCUAAAUCUCAAACCCAAGAAAAACACAAACAAACCAAACUAGUCAAACCAGACUACCAAAAUUGUAUGGCCUAUGAAGCCGAUGGAAACACACCGGCAAACCUGGAAGAUGAAUUUUUCCCCCUACUUAUUCAGGACCGGCAGCAACAAGGUCUUCUUGAAGAUGUGGUGGCUCCGGCAAUAAAAAAUAUUCCGACCAAUGAUGGUGUUUUGGCAGCUUCUCGGUCUUCACUAUCGUCUUAUACUUCCUCAACAUGCUCUUUUUCUCUGACCGAUUCACCACCCCUCUCUCCAUCUUACUUUAAGUUGGACUCCCAGUUUUUUAACAUCGGCUUUAGUGAUGAAAUAGUUCAAUCGGAUCUUGUAAACUUCAAGCAUUUAUGAUAUUUGUAUUAAAUAUAUGUUUGUAUGUAUCGGGAAAUUGUUGUUUUUUGCUUUAGUCUUUCCGGAUCAAUAUAGAUGUUCUUUGGGACAGUUGGCAAACUAAUUUUUUUCUGAUGGAGACUCAUCAUACCAAAGGUGUUAUCCGUUGGCAUCGGAACAAACGAAGACUCUCUUGGCGGGCUUUGCAUACAGAUGGUUAUUUUAUACAAAAUAGCAUGUAAGAAUAUAUAUUUCUACUUAAACGAUAUGAGAUAUCUACUUAAAUGACAUAAUGUAAGAUAUAUCUUCCAUCAAAAUCUAAUCAAAGAUCAACUUCACUCAAUGUGAAUCAAACCGUUCAAUAGGCUUAACCAUUGAUAUAAAGGAUCUUAACUUUCAGGAAAUUUGAACGAUCGAGACAAGUGACUCAAAUCAAAGCCCAAACUAAAGUCAUCAAAUUAUUCAAGCUGCUGUAGAAACUAUAUAACAAAUAGUUUUUU